CUCCGUGUGCGCGGAGCGUGUCGCUGCUCCAGCCGCCGCUGCCUGCAAUGGCGCUGAGGAGCGGAGUCGGAGGCUGCUGCCCGCUGGCAGGCUGGGGGCGGCAGCCGCGCGCUGCUUUCGCACAGGCGGGUCGGAGCCGGGGGCUGGAGGAGCCGCAGCUCUGAGCGCGCAGGGAGCUGCGGGAGGUGGAAGGAGCCCAGCCCGGCGUGCAGCUCCUCUCCCGGGUUAAAUCUACAUUUGUUCUGGAAAACCGUCAGUCUUGCCACUUCGUUUGGUGUCAUGGUUGCUUGCACAUAUUUAGAUAGUAUCUGUCAGAACACCUACUGAAUAUGGCCCUGACGGAGACCAGUGCCACCUGAGAGGCACUUUCUUCUCAACCAGAAUCUCACUAGUAACAGAAGAGUGGUAUAUCAGUCACUAUGUACAUUGGUUUUGCACUCCUGAAGUAAACAUGAUGAAAACAGAGCCUUCAGGAGAAAGAUCAACCCUCCGAAGUGCCUCUCCUCACAGGAAUGCUUACAGAACUGAGUUCCAGGCACUAAAAAGCACCUUUGACAAACCUAAAUCAGAUGGAGACCAAAAAACGAAAGAUGAAGGAGAGGCCUCUCAGCAGAGCAGGGGGAGGAAAUAUGGUUCAAACGUCAACAGGAUUAAAAACUUAUUUAUGCAGAUGGGCAUGGAGCCCAGUGAGAGCACUGGAGUUACCCCUAAAACCAGAGGGAAAAGUGGUCCCCUGUCUCCUCAAAGAAGAAUUAGGCCCAAAGAAUUUGUGGAGAAGACAGAUGGCUCAGUUGUAAAAUUAGAAUCUUCAGUUUCAGAAAGGAUUAGUAGAUUUGAUACUGUGCAUGAUGGUCCUUCCUAUUCCAAGUUUACUGAAACUCGGAAGAUGUUUGAGCGAAAUGUUCAUGAAAUGGGACAUUCCAAUCGCUAUUCCCCAAAGAAAGAGCGAGUAGUUUCCAAUGAACUCCAAGAUGAAUGGUGUAGCUCAAAGUCUAAUAGAGGCAGUACUGAUUCAUUGGACAGUCUUAGCUCAAGGACAGAGACUGUCUCUCCAACAGUGAGUCAGCUCAGUGCAGUAUUUGAGAACACUGAUUCACAUAGUGUAAUUGUUUUAGAAAAGCCAGAAAACAAUGAAGAAUACUCUGUAACUGGUCAUUACCCACUAAACCUGUCAUCUACUGUUGCAAAUCUGUCCUCCACUGUUGCAAACCUUGAUGGAUUCAGUCCCUUAAAAGAUGCUAAUGCCUGGUCUUCACCAGCCAAACAAACUACAAGUUCAAUAUCUGCUGAGACCUUUCAGCAAAACAGUACGUCUUCAACAAUAAGAGAAGAACCUUCGAACAGCACUUUGCCAGUAUCCAAAACAAAUGAAGAAAUAAGGAAGAAUAAGGAAGCAAGUUAUGAUCCUGUUGAUGUUUGUGCAGCAACUAAACAAGAAUUGGCCAGCAUCAUUGACAGCGAAAAGCGUGAAGAAUCCUAUACCAGCACUAAGGAAAAAAUAGAUACAGAAGUUUCUUUACAACAAAAAGAACAUUCACAAAAUGCAGAGAGUGCCUGUAUUGGCACUGAAGCUGCAGAUGUACCAAGAAACUUGGUAGCAGGUGGUGAUUUUGCAACAGAUAUAGCUUCAGAUGCUACUGAAUCCCACUAUGAUGAUGCCAGUGGAAAGGAAGUCCAGGAAGACUUGAAUAACUUUCAGAGUUCACAUGUAUAUAUGCACUCUGACUAUAACGUCUACAGGGUGCGAUCAAGGUAUAAUUCUGACUGGGGAGAGACAGGAACAGAACAGGAUGAUCAAGAUGACAGUGAUGAGAACAACUAUUAUGAACCUGAUAUGGAAUAUGCUGAAGUUAUUGGAUUGCCAGCUGAAGAUGAAAUACCAGCAAACAGAAAAAUUAAGUUUAGCAGUGCUCCAAUUAAGGUUUUCAACACAUACUCCAAUGAAGACUAUGACCGGAGAAAUGAUGAAGUUGACCCAGUGGCUGCAUCAGCUGAAUAUGAACUUGAAAAGCGUGUGGAAAAACUGGAGCUUUUACCAGUGGAACUAGAAAAAGAUGAAGAUGGACUUGGCAUCAGUAUUAUUGGAAUGGGAGUUGGAGCAGAUGCAGGCCUUGAAAAACUGGGAAUAUUUGUCAAAACAGUAACAGAAGGUGGAGCAGCCGAAAGAGAUGGCAGGAUCCAAGUAAAUGACCAAAUUGUAGAAGUGGAUGGAAUCAGUCUGGUUGGCGUUACACAAAAUUUUGCUGCAACAGUUCUCAGAAACACCAAAGGAAAUGUCAGGUUUGUAAUUGGACGAGAAAAGCCAGGACAAGUAAGUGAGGUUGCUCAGCUGAUUAGCCAGACCCUAGAACAAGAGCGUCGCCAGAGAGAGCUCCUGGAACAGCAUUAUGCACAGUAUGAUGCAGAUGAUGAUGAGACAGGAGAAUAUGCUACUGAUGAAGAAGAUGAAGACAUGGGACCUAUCCUUCCAGGAGGUGACAUGGCCAUUGAAGUGUUUGAUCUUCCUGAGAAUGACGACAUGUUUUCCCCAACCGAGCUGGACACCACUAAGCUUGCUCACAAAUUCAAAGAGGGUGAAGAUGGAAGGGGUGAGAGCAGCCGGAGCCUCAUGGGGGAGUUGCAAAUCAAACAUGCAGUUACAGAGGCUGAGAUUCAAAAGCUGAAGACAAAGCUACAGGCUGCAGAGAAUGAGAAAGUGAGAUGGGAACAGGAGAAGUCCCAGCUCCAACAGAACAUUGAGGAGAAUAAGGAGAGGAUGAUGAAACUAGAGAGCUACUGGAUUGAGGCCCAAACCCUGUGUCACACUGUGAAUGAACACCUCAAAGAGACUCAAAACCAGUAUCAGGCUUUGGAGAAGAAAUAUAACAAAGCAAAGAAAUUGAUCAAGGACUUUCAGCAAAAAGAACUUGACUUCAUCAAACGCCAGGAAGCUGAGCGAAAAAAAAUAGAAGAACUGGAGAAAGCGCACCUUGCAGAGGUUCAAGGCUUACAAGCUCGUAUUAGAGACUUGGAAGCUGAAGUUUUCAGGCUGUUGAAGCAAAAUGGGAGCCAGGUUAACAACAACAACAACAUUUUUGAAAGGCAAACAUCUUUUGGAGAAGUUUCCAGAGGAGAUCCAGUGGAGAGCCUAGAUGUAGAGCAAGUGUCUUGUCUGGAUGGCUUAAGUCAAGAUUUCAGUGAAGCAGUCCCAGAAACAGAGAGGCUGGACUCCAAAGCACUGAAAACUCGAGCCCAGCUUUCAGUAAGGAACAAACGGCAGAGACCUACUAGAACAAGGCUCUAUGACAGUAUCAGUUCAACUGAUGGAGAGGACAGCCUUGAACGAAAGCCUUCAGACAGUUACAGUAGUCCCAUGCACAUUUCAAAAUCACCUCUGCCCAUAUAUGUGAGAGCAUCCUCACCAGCAUCAGAUUCUGGUGCUUCCUCCCUCUCCCCAGUGGCUAGCAGUGCAGCCUUCUCAUUUGACAACGUAGCUGAAAACCAAGAAGGAGGACAGCAGCACAAAGGAGGUGUGCUUUCCCAUUAUGCUCGGGGAGACACUCCACUUUCCUCUCCUUCAAAAUCCAGUCACAGUUCUGAAACAUCUCCUUUGCAUCACCCAACCAACAGGAAUGUUUUACAAGACAAAGAUAUCCUAGGUGGUCACACAGGUCCCCAAUCAUCAAGAACAACUAGCCCUAUUAUGGGGCAGGCAGAAAAAAUAAAGCGAAAGCUUGUGGAUCUCGGGGCUCCCUUGAGAAGGAGUUCCCACAAGGGCAAGAAAUGGAAAGAGAGAGAAGUCAUUAGGGUGGCCUGUGGCACCAGGACCACUCGAGAGAUGCUGGAGAGCUCAGCAAGCAAUGCAUCUAUAUCAGAGCGAUCCUCCUCUCUCCCCUAUAGCAUACCAUUCACAUGGUAUGGAGAGAGUGGCAGGGGAUCCAAUUCUUCCAGCAACCUGCCUUCAUCUAGCAGCUCAACUGAACCGUCCUCUGAAAAUCUAAGUCCAGCUAAAAAAGGGUCCAAGAAUUUCACAUUCACUGAUGACUUCAGUCCCAGCAGCACAAGUUCAGCUGAUUUGAGUGGUUUAGGAGCAGAACCGAAAACCCCUGGUUUCUCUCAUUCCUUAGCAUUAUCAUCAGAUGAGAGCCUGGAUAUGAUUGAUGAUGAGAUCCUUGAUGAUGGACAGUCUCCUAAACACAGUCAGUGUCAGAAUCGUGCUGUUCAGGAAUGGAGCAUACAGCAAGUUUCCCACUGGUUAAUGAGCCUCAACUUUGAACAGUAUGUUUCUGAAUUCACCGCCCAAAACAUUAAUGGAGAGCAUCUCCUUCAGCUGGAUGGGAGUAAGCUUAAGGCCCUUGGUAUGACAUCUUCCCAGGACAGAGCAAUCAUUAAAAAAAAGCUAAAGGAAAUGAAAGUGUCCAUCGAGAGAGCUCGAAAAGCUCAAGAGAAAAUGGAAAAGCAAAGGGAAAAGCUUAGGAAGAAAGAACAAGAGCGGCUUCAAAGGAAGUCAAAGAAACUAGACAAGCCUUCAUCAGAUGCAACAGAGGGCGCUAAUGAGCAAUGAUGAGCCAGAACUACUACUAUGUUAGUUAAUGUGGAGACACUUCAGGCAAAGAAACUCAAGUUGUCUACAGUACCCCUCCCAUUUUCUUGUGGUCAUUACACAGGAAUAUGUACACAAAUAUGAUGCUAUAAAUAGAAUGAAUAGGGAAGUUUAUAUUGUCUGGCUACAUUUUCCUGUAGUUACAAUACAUGCUCUUAUUUUUGAUCUGCUGAACAAUCCAAAACCAUUGUUUUAUUUUAUUUGUUGUUGUUGUUACUUGCAAGCCAGGUAUCCUAUUUUGGAGAAACAUUGAGGGGUUUUACUUUCAAACUGCUAUUUUGUAUUGGGCUAGUUGUGUUUGGUCAUAUUGGUAACCAGUGUGACAAAGGGGGAUGUGGUCCAUUGCAUCACAACCACAUUUUGACCAGGAUCCCUGGUGGUAGAUUGCAAUGAUCAGUGGAGAUUUUUGAAUCUGGGUAACUGGAGUUGUUCCCACAUCUGUUACCAUUGACUCAUAUUUCUAACUGGAAUCUCAACUCUUUUACACGACUCUGAUAUUUAGUUCUGUCUGCUGGAACAGGCUACAGCUCGCAUCAGUACCUUAAAAUGCCACCGUUUUGCAAAUGCAAUUGUUCAGUGACUUGUAAUUAUAUGCUGGAAAUAAGGAUAGGAGAGUCAUUAUCCUUUCUGGGCAAAAGUGGGGAAGUUGACACUCUUGUGAGCUGUACAGUAAUUUAAUACAAGAAGGAGACAAAGCUGGUUUACAAGGGGUUCUGAGGGUAACAUUUAUCCUCCCGAUAUCCGAGCAAGGCUGACUUUCUGACUUUGGCACAACAGAUAGAUCUUUAGAGUACACAGGUCAUUGUGCUCAUGGGGUGUACAGAUAAACUUUCCUGUAACACACUAUAAGCUUCCUUUUUAAACCAAUUCUGAAAAGAAAAGUGGGUGUUUGGAGGGGGUUGUAUUUCUAAGGAAAAUACCACAUCUGCAGAUUCUGUCUCCACUGAGUGCUGGGGGCAGUGAGCUUUGUGCUCUGACCUGCACAGCUGUGAUCUAAUCACAACUGCUGUCUGCUGAAAUGAUCUCCAAAUUUGAGCCUGCUAAAGGCUUUCAGUUUUCAAUGAGGUGCACUUUUAAAAAAAAAAAA